AUGGAUUUCCAAAUCGAAGAAGACCGGCUCGGAAUGAGAAUUCAAUCGGAGACAAUUGAGUUGACUAAAGAUGAAAAAGGUGUCGUCGGAAUUUCAAUUGGAGGCGGAGGACCAUAUUGCCCAUGUGUAUAUGUUGUACAAGUAUUCGAUAAGUCCCCAGCGUUUAAAGAUGGACGAAUUCGAUGUGGCGAUGAGAUUGUUGCAAUUAAUGGAAUUACAGUCAAAGGAGAGAGAAAAUCAGCAGUUGCACAAUUGAUUCAAGUUAGCUUGAAUCCUGUUAAGAUAACGAUAAACAAAUUGGAAGAAGCUAAUACAAAAGGAAAAACUCUUGAUAUUUUAAUCAAAAAAGUGAAACAUAAAGUCGUGGAAUUUGUGGAUCAAGAUUCAGCUGACGCAUUGGGAUUAUCACGGGCAAUUCUAACGAAUGAUCCAUUGGCUGAAAAAGAGAAAAUAUUAGAGGAAAAUGCAGAGUUCUAUAGGCAUUUGGUUGCUUAUUUUGGAGACAUGUUUCAGUAUCAGCAAAAAAUUUCCGAGUGCCAAAAAGAAUUCGGUUCAAUAUUCUGUGACCUGGCGGCUCAUGAGAAACAACAAACUGCAAAUGAAGCAUUCAGCUCAUUCGGCGACAAACAUCGAAUGAUUGCAAAAAAACAAUCCGAAUCAGCAGUUCCACUUCAGAAAAUGGUAUCAGAUUUGCAAGUUUAUAUUGAUCACGUUGUACCGGACACUCGUUUGACGAUUAAAAAAUAUUUGGAUGUGAAAUAUGAAUAUUUGUCGUAUUGCUUGAAACUGAAAGAAAUGGAUGACGAGGAAGUGGAAUUUGUGGCAAUUCAGGAGCCGCUGUAUCGAGUUGAAACUGGAAAUUAUGAAUAUAGAGUAAUGCUCCGUUGCCGUCAAGAGUGCCGUGCUCGGUUUAUGAAAAUGCGUGAUGACGUCAUGGUGAAAAUCGAGCUGCUCGAUCAAAAACACGUCAGAGAUAUUGCUCAACACCUAGCGAUCUUUGCAAAAACUAUGGCAAAAUGUCAACAGGAAUGUGCAGAAAUACUGAAAGAACGGAUUGAUGUACCAAUUGAAAUUGAUUUGGAACAGUUGAAUUUAAAUAUGAAUACAAGUGAUGGAAAAGCAAAUGGAGAAGAGGAAAUGGGACAAGAUGCAAUAGUUUUGAAUGAUAAUCCAUUGGAAGGCGAUCUGAUUGAUGUGAAUGACAUAGGAUCAUCUACAGAAUUCAAUGAACCUCGAAUAUCUCUCCGCCGUGAUUCUCAAAACGACACUUCUCAGCCACUAUUGGGAGCACCGGAUUCACCAUUGGAAGAGCUCUCGUUAAUUGAUAUUAGUUAGAAAUUAUAUAUAUAUAUUUUUUAAUGAAAAUGUAUUUAUUAAAUAAAGUUUUUCAACUAAUGU